AUAAUUUUUUUUAAAGAAAAAGAGCUCUGUGGAUUAACUAGAAGAUAAACUGGGGAACUCCCUUCUUCCCCACACACUGAGUGCUAAAACAGAACAUAGCAAAAAGGAAGGGGCUUGUAAUUGUCCAGGCCUCGAAGAAGGGAUUGGAAGCUCCCGUAGGCACAGAAAUAAAUGACUUUCUGCCAUUUUUUCCUGUAGGGAUUCAGAAAUCUGGUGGUAAUAACCUUGGCUCUUUCCCUGGUGUUUUCUUUCAUGGGAAAUUCCAGCAGUGCUCCGCAGAGAUUCUUUGAGAGAAGGAACUGGACCCCUCAAGCUAUGCUGUACCUGAAGGGCGCACAGGGGCGCCGCUUCAUCUCCGACCACAGCCGGAGGAAGGACCUCUCCGACCGGCCGCCACCCGAAAGACGAAGCCCAAAUCCGCAGCUACUGACUUUUCCAGAGGCAGGAGCUGUGCUGUGGGCUUUCUUGCAGAAACCGCAAGAAGCUGGAGAAGAAAACUUUGAUCAAACCAGAUUCCUAGAAGACAGUCUGCUAAAGUGGUGAAAAUAUAUCAGAUUACGUUCAAUUAUAGUUCUAUUCUCGUUGGAAGCAUGAACCAUGGGAAUAAAGCCCUUGGACUCCUUUGACUUCAUUUGUGAUCUUAGGAACACACCCGGCCAGUAUUAGUCUUCCAGAAGCUAAAGUGAUGUCUAGUUCUUAGUGAGAACAUUGUCACCCUCUUCCAUUGCGUCAGGUCCUGGUUAGAUCACUUUGUGUCUUACUCUCAAAUAUUUCAGCUCAUCUAUAAUUAUAAGAUCGAAGGCUCUUUAGAGGAGGGUUCUUUCUGUUACAACAAAUACCCACCUUGAACUAAUAAUUCUUAGUUGUUGGUGUUUUCAUUGUUACCCAUUUGCAUUGUCUUGUCACUUGGCAGUGAAUCCCCACUGCUUUUGCCUCUUUUUUUUUUUUUUUACCUCCAGGGAUGUGAUUGCUGAGAAAGGGGACCAUUGGUGAGGCUGGAGCCAGUGGAAGGUUCUGUAGCCAGAAGCCCCCCACUUUGCGCUCUCUGUGGAGCUCCCUGAAUUCAGUUUAGAAAUGUGGAUCUAAACGUUACUGGGAAAUAAGCAGAUAGAGACACACUCUACGCUUGGGUGCAUUGUACGAAAGAAACAGAUCAGCUUUUCAGAGGUAACCCACUUUCCAUGGCUAAAGAGGCUUGAAGACUGUUUAUUAUAAUUGACUAGAAUGCUAAGCUUCCUUUGACAUAAAAGCGCUACAUGAAGUCACCCUGAAUAACGUAGGUGCAUAUGGUAAUAUGCCUAAUUUAUUCAAAUUUAUUCAUUUAAAAAAAAGUCAACUAGGUUUCAGUACUAUCUGAAAAAUAAAAUACAUAAACCCCCCCCCAAAAAUACAUAUACCCAUAUACCUACAGCAAGCAUCAUAGUAUAUUUAUUUGGAAUUACAGUAUGACCAUCAUGUUAAUUACUUUUGACCUAAUGAGUUGAAAGUUGUUAUCGAUAAAUGUCAUAAGUGGAAAAUAUUGUUAAUUCUUACUGUCAUCAGUAUAUAGCUAUUAGUCAGUAGCUAAAGAAUAUCGUUAUGUGAAUGUUUCUGUAACUUGGAAUUACAAUUUUACCGUGUUAAGUAAUCAAAACCCUACUUAUAAGAUUUGUCUGUAUUUCUUUUCACCAUUGAAUAAUUAUAUUCAAUAAUAUAUUGCAUAAUAACUAUGCUCAAGUUAAUGUAACAUUGAUCUCUGCCAAAAAAUAAUGUUCUAGCAUUAAAAAAAAA